AUGAGGGAAAUUUCCCCCAAAGAAAUCGAUGAUUCACCUCAAUAUUUCUUGCCGCACCAUGCAAUAUUACGCCCGGAAAACUCUACGACAAAAUUGGGGACGGUAUUCGAUGCGUCCUGCAAAUCUCAGUCAGGUGUUUCACUAAACGACGUUCUUCUUGCUGGACCUACUAUCCAGAAUACACUGAUUGCGCUUGUCAUGCGCUUUCGUAUGCACGCCUAUGUCAUAAGCGCGGACAUAGAAAAAAUGUACCGCCAAAUUUGGGUAUACUACACAGAUCAGCCUCUGCAGAGGAUUUAUUGGCGGGAUGACAAAGAAUCUCCGUUGAAAAUGUUCCAGCUUCAAACAGUAACAUAUGGAACAAACAGUGCUCCGUUUCUCGCAACUCGGGUGCUACAGCAGCUCGCCGAAGAUGAAGCUGAAAACUAUCCUCUAGCUGCUCCUGUAGUUCGAACGAGUUUCUAUAUGGAUGACUUGUUAUUCGGCUGCAACAACAUUGAUACUCUGAAGAGUACAUGCACACAAAUCGUCGCUAUGCUGCAUUCGGUAGGAUUCACGCUACGCAAAUUUUCAUCUAACUCGCAAAAUGCUCUCGAAAUAUUCCCUGAGCAACUAAGGGAAACAAGAACCCUUCUCGAUCUUGACGCUGACCAAACAGUUAAAACGCUGGGUCUGUUGUGGGAACCUUCUACAGAUGUUCUCAGUUAUAAAAUACCAACUUGGUCUCCAGUUAGUAGAUACAUCAAAACAAUUAUCGUGUCACAAAUGUCAAGUCUGUUCGACCCACUUGGCUUAUUGAGUCCAGUGAUCGUCCUAGCAAAGAUGGUUGUUCAAACAUUAUGGAAGCAAGAUUAUCCAUGGGACUAUUGUUUACCGCCUACUGUCCAGCAAAUGAGGCUAGAUUAUCAGCAGCAUAUUGCCUUCCUCAAGGAUCUCCGUAUUCCUCGUUUCAUCUCAUCGCUGAAUAGUUUCGACAACAUCGAGCUGCAUGGUUUCAGCGACGCCUCCAAAAGAGCAUAUGGAGCUUGUAUAUACAUGCGAUCCAUCGCUGAAAACGGUUCUUGUGUGGUUCAUUUGAUUGCGGCCAAAUCUCGUAUCGCUCCUCUUGAAGUAAAAUCAAUAGCUCGUCUGGAACUCUGCGCAGCUCUUCUUCUUUCACACCUCUUACAAAUGGUGCUGGAAAGCAUCGGUCAGCAUAACAACAUUAUUUUAUGGACAGAUUCAACCAUUGUCCUGCACUGGCUAGUCGCCACACCUUCGACUUGGCAGACGUUCGUGGCAAACAGGGUCGCGGAAAUCCAGCGACUCACCUCGUGCGCAAUAUGGAGACACGUUCCUAGCGCAGAAAACCCUGCCGAUUUAAUUUCUAGAGGAGUACAAGCAUAUGGCAUCGUGGAAAAUUCCCUUUGGUGGAAUGGACCUAUCUGGUUAUCGAAUACCAAUCAACGUUGGCCGGAAAACAUAAUACUGUCGUAUCCACAAACAGAUAAAAUUCUAGAAGCACGUAAAAUUGCUCUACAUCUCACCGUUUCAAACUGUAAUCUUAUUGAACGCUACUCCUCUUUAUCUAAAUUACUACGCAUCACUUCUCUCUGCCGGCGUUUCGUGCACAAUUGCUCGUCGAAGGACUCUCCACGUAUAGGUUCGAUUACUAACGACGAAAUCCAUGGAGCAACAUUAUCACUAGUUCGUGUCGCUCAGCAAGAAUAUUUUCAUCGCGAAUUGGAAGCUUUAGCUAAAGGAAACCCAGUAUCUCGUUCCUAA